AUGUCGAUGCCCACUCGCUGCAGAGACAACAACUUUGAAUUGGAUGAAUUCUACGAUACCUUGACCAGAGCUAUACAUGACGUGGACUCGAGUUCCCUCUUCUUUGUUGUUGGAGACUUCAACGCGAAAGCUGGAACGAAGCAGCAGGACGAAUCAUGUAUUGGCAGCCAUGGGCGUGGAAUCAGAAACGUCAGCGGAGAGACGCUAGUGCAGUUCUGUGAAAUUAACAGAUUAUUCUUAUCAAACACAGCGUUCUGCCACUCUGCAAGGCACAGGACCACAUGGACAGGACAGCGACUUGACAGAGCCAGUGGCAAGAUUGUCAACAUUUACAACCAAAUUGAUUAUAUUCUGUGCCGUCAAUCGCAAAAGAGACUAUUCACCAACGCCAGAAGUUACAAUGGAACGGAAGUCACAUCAGAUCAUAGGAUUGUGGUGGCUCGCACGCUUUUACCUCGAGUAUUCGGCAUAUGGGGUCGGGCGGCGCGGAGCAGCCAGAAGAAGGUGGAUCGCCUAGCAGUGCAUCGUUUACCCGGGGAUCCACAACUGCAGAAUCAGCUAACAUUUGCCAUCUCAGACAGAAUUCAGAGGGUGUCAGAAGAUCAGCCCAACACCGGAUGGGAUGCAAUAGCUGCAGAGAUCUUCCACGCGGGCAAAGAGAUUGUGGGUGUGACAGCCAAGACCAGUCAUCGUCACCAUGACCCAGAGACCGAGAGACUUUCCUGCAUGCAGAGAGAUGUCCGACUCCGUAUUCAGGGCAGUGAUGACCCAAUCGAGCGAGAAAUGUUGAGGACUGACCGGAAUCGAAUCCUGCAUGAUAUCAGGAACAGAUCCAUCACAAACAGAGAAAAUGAACUAAUAUCGCGAGCAGAGGAGAUAGAGAGGCUCAAGGAUGGAGCCCAGAUGUUCCAAGCUGUACACUUGCUCCGGCGAAAGCCAUCGCAGAAAGUCGUCGUUAAGGACAGCCAGGGCAAGAUCAUAUGUAAUGAUAAGCAAGCAAGCUUGGAGAUUAAGAAUCAUUUCUCAUCGCAGCUCAGUGACUCUGCAAUUCAGCAAUUUGGAUCCUUCACUGGGGAACCUCGACCGCUGCAGCAUCCCGUUUCAACGGAGGAAGUGAAAACAGCACUAGCAAGACUCAACAACGGUAGAGCUGCAGGACCCGACAACAUCCCGGGUGAGCUGUUGAAGUACUCAGCCGAUGCCACUGCUCCCGUCAUAAGCCGAUGCAUCAACAGCCUAUUUCAGCAACACCGGGUAGAGCCAUUCAUCGGUCAUGGCACACUAAUACCUCUCCAGAAGCCCGGAAAGCCGGUGGGUGCUUUAACCAGUCUGCGACCGAUCAUCCUCCUGACAACUCUACGCAAAGUCAUGUCGCUGGUAGUCCUCAAGCGCAUCUCGCCAGCCACCUCCCUCAAGCUUUCCAAACCCUUUGGUAUGGACUCCGCUAAGGCCAAACUCGGCAUGGGCCGACAGAAACCCGCUACAGACGGCUCUCCUCGCCCACCGAAACGCACUAGAUUUCCUGCUGAUGACGACGACGUGAUCUUCGAUGAUGAUGUCAAAGAUGAUGAUGUCAAAGAUGUUGACUCCCCUCCAUCAACGCUCCUGCUUGGCGCCUCACCGCUACCGGACGCUGAACUCGAGAGACGAGACUGCCAGUCACUGGUGCCUCAUGUGCAAUCGUCCCCGGCCGGCUGUGCCAAAGCCUAG